AAAGUCAGUCGAGCAUUGGACGCCGCUCAGUCUUCAGUCAACUUUUAGGAUAUAAACAUCAACUGCAGAAGUAAUGGAAUUUCUCUGGACUCUUUCACUGCUUUUAAUUUUGAGUAUAGACCAGUCAUAUGGCCGAUGUGAAAGAUCUGUAUCAUUGGCAAAUGGCCUUGUUAUGUUUCGAGGGAGAAGUCUUGUGAGAUUUCGGUGCAAUCGCGGCUAUUCUCUGCAAGGAAGUAUGUUGCAAAAUUGCGACCGAGAUGGCCGCCUUCGGGGAGAAAAGCCUUUUUGUGCCAGGAGGGGUUGUGAGGAGAAUAAGGAUCCUGAAAAUGGACGUGUUCUGAGUGAUCCUUUGAAGGCGGAAAUCGUGUGCCUGGAUGGCUUUGUGUUGGUGGGUAGUCGCACUGCCUACUGCAAUGGCGAAGAGUGGAACACCCAGUUGGGAACCUGCCGCAGAAGCAAUCACACUGGCGACCAUUCGUGCGACUUUGAGAGCGAGGAUCAGUGCGGUUGGGAGGCGGAGGUGACCUACCGGCAACCUUGGAGGCGCGUCAGUGCGGUCUAUGACCAUCACUCGCUGCGAACAGGACCCCAUCACGAUCACACCUUCCAGAGCCGCGCCGGCGGACACUAUAUGCGCAUGGAGACCCAGAUGGGCGCCUAUGGCAGCUACCACUUAAUGUCGCCGAUCUAUCCCAGAUCCCUGAGUCUGAAGACGGCAUGCUGCUUCCGGUUUCACUAUUUCAUGUUCGGAGCGGGCGUGGAUAGUCUGGUGGUGUCCGUGAAACCCGUCUCCAUGCGAAUGGCCGACAUGUGGAACCUUUUCAGGGCCAAUUCCAGCAAAUUCGAGAUGUCAGGCCAACAGGGACCCAACUGGCUAGAGCACACUAUAACCAUAGAUGAGAUGCAGGAGGACUUUCAGGUGAUCUUUACGGCCACCGAUGCGAGAUCGGAAUUCGGGGACAUUGCCAUCGAUGACGUCAAGCUGAUGACGGGCAGUGAGUGCGGAGUGGCUGGAUUCACCACCACCACCGAACCACCGCCACCACCGACGGCCAGCAGCGAAAUGCCUUUGGUUUCGGAUAUGAUGAGCUGUAGGGGUCGUUGCGGAUCCGAAAAUCCCGGUCCCUCCUUCACCAAAGAGGGUUUUAUUAUGGGUUGUGGGUGUGAUGAUUCUUGUCUCAUAUUUGACAGCUGUUGCCUAAACUAUAUCGACGAGUGUGCUAAGGGGCUCGAUACAACGACCGAAGAAGAAACGAGCACUACAACAACCACUAGCACUACAAAGAAACCUACAACAACCACAAGAAGAGCAACAACAUCGACGAAAAGAGCAACGACAACGACAUCUACGACAACAACAACAACCAGAAGGACAACAACACCAACUACUACUACAACCACUACAACAACACCAAGGCCCACAACAACAACAACAAAGGUAGCAACCACAAGAAGGACAACAACCACCAAAAAGCCGACAACAACAACACGGAAAACAUCAACAACAACUACAACUUCUACAACACCAAAGACAACAACAACAACUACUUCAACCACUCCAAAGACAACGACUACAAAAAAAGUGUUGACAACACAGAAAACCACAACAACAACAACGACAGGAAAAACAACCACAGCCAAAAAGAUUGAUGCAACAACAACAAAAGCGCCAUCAACAGCCAGUACCCAAAAAAUUGCAGGACUCGGCACAACUGAACAGACGAGAAAGCGUAUCACUUGGAAGGUGGAUCCGCAGGACAUCGCAGGACACAUGGGCACGGACGAAAGUACACCCAACCCAGCCCUAAUAGUGUUGUACAUGCUUGUCGGCCUUGUGCUUGUGGUUGUUCUGGCCAAUAUCAUACAUCGCUGGAUACUCCCAAUCAGUGGUACCAGAAGCAACAACGAGAAGGCCGUUACUUUCCGAAAGGCUUUCGGAAGUCUGAAGAAACCAGUAAGAUUUCGGCGGAGAAGGGGAACAACAAGCAUGGAUCAGCCGUUGUGCGAUACAGAUAACGAGGACGGAGAUUAUUUCGAGGAAAUGGGAGUGGACAUACGCAAUGGGUCCGGUCUAUGAGGGUGCGGAUCUACAAAUAGCACAUAGGCCCCUAUCUAAAUUACUUAUGCCUAUUGUAUAGGAAGUUAAAAAUAUAUGAAAUUCAAAGAAAUCUGCUUGAACGUACGGUCUAUCAGGGUGCGGACCUACAAAUAAACCAAAAGUGUGAGAAUCGAUGUUCCCUAUCUAAUAAUUGCUUAUGCCUAUUGUGUAGGAUGAUAUAAAUAAAAGAAAAUCUUAAACAGA